UCUAGUUGCUGAAGUUAAGCGGAGCACACUGUUCGAAAUGGAGGAUCACAUGUUUAUCCGAUCGCUUUUACUCGCUAUUUGUAUCUGCGGAAUUGAAGCAAAUAUAUUGCCCAGGCUGCCGGAGAACAUACAGGAUUUUAAAUGUGAGGAAGACGAUAUUGGAUUUAAGUUCAACUUAACAGACUUCGCCGGCGACUGGUACGAGACUCUCCAAAUACCAUAUGUUCCGGGAGUGGAGUGCCUGAAUGUGUCGAUUCCCUCGGAAGCCAAGGGCAAUAUUCUCACGUUGGACUUGCGCUACGUCACCAUACUCAAUAACAAUUGGACCGUCAGCAGGGAAGCCGUGAGCUUUCCCUGGAACAACUCCACCCAGUUCGGCAUCUUCCAUCCCGAUGGCAGUGAGGUCUCAUACAAGCUGGUGACCACCGACUACGUUUCCAUAGCCGUUCUCUGUGGCUACGGGAGCAACUCCGUGAUCCCCAUCUUCAAGCUCUUCACUCGAGAUCGCGAGGUCAGCGCGGAGAUCGUCGAGCUGAUCAACACCCAGGCCGAGGAAAAUGGUUAUAGCUCCCUGAUCUAUUGGGAAAAGCAAUCCCUUGAGGAGUGCAGGGAACCCAGUGGCCAAGCACCUUUGGCAGCUCUAGUGGGUCUAACCUUACUUUGUGGCUUAUCUAUUUGGGCUAGCAACUAGAAUGAAAACCAGAGGGCGCGCUGUAGUCGUGUUUCCCGACUAUCAGAUACCCGUUACGCACCUAGUAGAAAUUUCAGUAUUGCUUUUCCAUAUCGAUAGA